AUGGUGUAUGCCGCCUUGUGGCUGGUCAUGGUGACCAGCUCCCUUGCACUGGGAGCUCACGAAUCUAUUCGAACCAUCAUGUAUCUCACAGGGCAACAUGUCGUCGUCCCCUCGGAUGACUAUCUUGUGGAUUCCAUUACUCAUGUGAUUUUGGCAUUCAUACGCUCAGAUACCUUUAAUGUGGACAAGACGCCGGCAGAAUUCCCUUUGUUUACAACGGUGGAUACAGUUCGACGGCAGUUCAAACCGGAUACCAAAAUCAUGGUGGCAGUUGGAGGUUGGGGAGACUCCAAAGGGUUCGAAGAAGCUGCGCAUGACGAUUCGUCAAGGAAGCGGUGGGCCACUCAAGUCAAAGCCAUGGUUGACCUUACAGGCGCCGACGGCGUCGAUAUUGACUGGGAAUAUCCGGGUGGAAACCGUGACGACUACAAGCUUAUUCCAAAUUCACAACGUCAGUGGGAGAUUGAAGCAUUUGUUCUCCUCCUUGGGGAACUUCGUUCAGCCCUAGGGACAGGGAAACUGCUGUCAAUUGCAGUGCCGGCCCUGGAACGUGAUCUGAUGGCCUUUACAAAUCCAACUAUCCCAUCUAUUUCGAAACACGUUGAUUUCAUUAGUGUGAUGACUUACGAUAUGAUGAACCGACGUGAUGGUGUCGUCAAGCAUCACAGCGGCGUGGCUGAGUCGUUGGAAGCAAUGAAGCGUUAUAUAGACCGUGGUGCGCCUCGGAACAAGUUGAACUUUGGACUUGGCUACUAUGUCAAGUGGUUCAUGACGGAAGAUUGCGACAAUCAGCACCCGUUGGGGUGUCGCACCCAGUUACUGGAAGACCCAACCAAUGGAGCCGACCUGGGUAGGACGGGUGCUUUCAGCUGGCACGACGAGGUUCCGUCAGAACUGGCAGAUUCUUUCACCAAGGCCCAAACCCUGGGCGACUAUGAUGAUGAUGGAAGCUACGGGUAUUGGGAUGCUGAAGAGAAGAGGUGGUGGUCAUACGAUAGGCCGGAGACGAUCAGGACCAAGGUGCCUCGGCUUGUCGGCGACCUGCAGCUUGGCGGAGUGUUUGCGUGGGGAUUGGGCGAGGACGCUCCGCAGUUUAAUCAUCUGAGGGCGACUGUCGACAGCAUCCGGGAUUUGCGUGGAGAUGAUGAUGGGAAAGACGAGCUAUAG